CUGCCCUAAAGAGACACACACACACACGAGGGGCCACAUACAGAGAGUUCAAAUAUCCACAUGACCAUUUUGAGACUGGUCACAUACUAGUAUUGCUUUACUAACUCUAAUGAAUAAGUUCAAUUUAACAGUAUAGCAGCAUGGUUGAAAUGGGAAGGUGACCCAAAGUCUCAUUCUAGAAAACUGACUGUUUUGCCCUUGUGGCAUAAUGUAAGUGCAUUUGACAUAACCAGCUGAAAUGAGAUACUGUGUAGGUACUGGGUCAAAUACCUUGCAGUGCACAUUGACUCAACUAAAAUAAUAUUUCCUCAGAAGAAACUAUGACAGGACAACUGGACAUGAAUUACAAGAAAACACUCAUACUUUACACUGCUCUGUUACUGAAAAGCAUCAAGUCUGCAUCAAAGCCCUGUCUCAACAUACAGUAUACCUAAUAAUACUCAGACUGGCAGACAGAAGGCUAACAGCAGCAGUGUGAGAAGCCCUUAUUUUGGUGUUGAAGAGAAUCAAUGAUCUAGCACACAAAUUAUUUGUAUAGACUCAUGGCCUUGAGGGGCGAGCUUUGGAUGAUUAACAGAGAGUGCCAGAUGCAAAGUACACAAUUGUACACAGGUUACUGCACAAACAGACACUAUCAUAAACACUUACAGACCUGUGUAUAGUGAUAAAGGUGCAUUGGAAUCACAUUUCAAUACUGGAUACAUGUUUUAUUUAACAGGUCUAAGUCUCAUUGUGAUAAAAAUCUAUUUUUCAAGCGACAGGAUCAUAUGCAUAGAGACAGACUCAGUAAGUCAUUGUACAAGACUUGACUCGAGUCAUGAAAUGGAAAUGUCCAACCCUGUUCCUGGAGCGCUACCAUCCUGUAGGUUCACUCCAACCCUGUUCCUAGAGAGCUACCAUCCUGUAGGUUCACUCCAACCCUAAUCUAGCACACCUGAUUCUAAUAAUUAGCUGAACCAGGUUGAUUAAUCUCCAGGAACAAGGUUGGAAACACCUGCACUAGAGUAUAUUACACUAUACAUCCUUUGUCUUGAUCUGAUCCACAUUCUGAUUGUGCCCACAUACAUCUACACAUGAUAGUAAAACAUGUCGCUUAUGCAUCCACAUUGUGACCAGAUAUCCUGGUCCCUCCCUGUAUGUAAGUUAUUUAGUUAUUUGACAGAUAUUAAUUUUAAGACACAUAUUGAUGCCAUAAAUCAAUGGCAUUACCCACCAAUGAUUUUAGAGAGCAGGUGGUGAUGAUUUAAAUGGUUUAAAACUUUCACUGUUCCGAUCAGUCUAUAUUUGUAAGGUUUCAUCUACACCAGUGUUUCCCCAACACCAGUCCUCGAUUAACCCAAUAGCACACAUUUUUGCUGUAGCCCCGGACAAACUCAAUGGUUACAAUUUUUUGUAUUUAUUAGCGAUCCCCAUCCUCACUACUCUUCCUGAGGUCCAAACACAUUAAGGCACUUACACAAAACAAGAGAUAAAAGUACAUCAUAUACGAAUACACCACUAUAUAGCUACAACACAAAAUGUAUGAUACCACCAUACAACAAUAUUACAAUGUGUGUGUGUCUGGACCUGUGUGUCCUUUCACAGUCCCCGCUGUUCCAUAAGGUGUACUUUUAUGUUUAAAAGAAAUAUAUAUUUAUACUGCUUGCAUCAGUUACCUGAUGUGGAAUAUAGUUCCACGUAGUCAUGGCUCUAUUUAAUGCUGUGCGCCUCCCACAAUCUGCUCUGGAUUUGAGAAGUGUGAAGAGACCGCUGGUGGCAUGUCUUGUGGGGUUGAUGACAAGUUGAAUCAGAUGUGCUUGUCCGGGGCUACAUCUAAAAUGUGUACUGUUGGGGCUACUCGAGGACUGGAGUUAGAAAACACUGGUCUACACAGGCACUAAUUGUUUUUUUGACCAAUCGGCACGGAAAAAGUUUUGAUGUGAUUGGUCAAAAUACCAAUUAGUGGAAAAAUAUCAGAAUUGGACUGUGUGUAAACGCAGCCUACGCUAUUCAGACACAAUGCAUAUCUGACUACCUCCAGAGGUGGGCAGGAAGAUCUGAUCACAAUGCAUCUUCUAAUCAUCUACACCUGUCUAAAAAUAUGGGCACAAUCGGAAUGUGGACGUGAUCAGGACAAAGGACUGAUGUAGGAACCAGGUAUAAAUGGGGCUAUUGAUACCAGUUUAGCACCCGAGGAAAGUAUUUGAACCCUGAGAUGUCAUUCAGAUUCCUGGCUGAAUGACACAACACCUCACCUUAUCACUUGUUCUCAUUAGCCUCCCUUCAUCCAAUAUCAGAGGUAAAGUUGGUGUAUCCUCUGUCAUGCAUCCAACUGCCCUCCUGUUGCUGCUGACCGCCUACGUGGCUCAUGGUUCACUGCUGCAAUUUGCCAGAAUGAUCAAGUGCAUCCAGCCUGGUGUCAACCCCUUCAUGUAUAAUAACUAUGGCUGUUGGUGUGGCUUGGGGGGGACUGGCAAGCCAAGGGAUGAGCUGGAUGGGUGUUGUGAGGUCCACGACCACUGCUAUGAAGCGAGCAGGCAUCUUCCAGCUUGCCGUCCCGUCAUUGAUUACCCUUACAUCAAUCCGUAUAGAUUCUCUUGCGCUAAUGGGCAGGUUUCCUGUUCAGCCUCCAGCCACGUGUGCCAGGUCUCAGUGUGUGAGUGUGACCGUGUCGCCAGCAACUGCUUCGCCCAGUCGACCUACAACCCUAAGAACAAGCACCUGGACCCCAAAGUCCACUGUCUCUCCUGAGCCAAGUCAAAUCUGGAAGCAGCACCAACUGUAGAUUCACAGAAUGUUUAUGAAUCCUGUUUCAUGCAUAAUGUUUGCUGUAAUGGAAUUUAUUUUGCUAACAAAACUGACAACCUGAUUAAAUUAUUGAAUGGCA